GCCAGGCUCUGUGGCCACUUCUGUUUGUUGGCGCGGCUGUUGAAUAGCUAGGAUCAGGAAAUAACAACACCAACUAAAAAGUUUAUUUGUAGGAUAUAUACGGAAGGUUCACGAGGAUGGAAAAUGGCAGGGCCCAGUUUCCAUUUCCCUACCAGCCUUACAACAUCCAGGAGGAGUUUAUGCAAGCCUUAUACAGUGCUCUUGACCAAGGCAAAGUUGGGAUCUUUGAAAGUCCUACUGGAACGGGCAAAUCGCUGAGUCUGAUAUGUGGGGCACUGAGCUGGCUCACAGAUUACGAGGAGAAAAAGAGGCAGGAGGCUGCUGCUCUGUUGCAGGAAGGAGAAACAACUCUUUCCACUCCUGCUGCUCAGUCCUCCACCACCGGCUCAUCAGCAGAGCCAGACUGGAUCACUGACUUUGUUCAAAAAAAGGCUGAGCGUGAUUUGGUGUCAAAGUUGAAGGAGGAUGAAUUGAAGAGAAAGAAGAGGGAGGAACGGUUAGAAAUGAUCAGAAACAAUGUUCAGCUGAAGUAUGCACUUAAAAGAAAGAGCUGUGAAGAGGAUGAGGCAUUCAAGUUGCUUCAGCUCAGUAAAGAGGAAAAGGUUGAAGCACCAGGAGAUCAAGAAGAUGAGGAGCUUAUCGUUGCAGAAUAUGAGAGUGAUGAUGAGGCAAAGAGCAAAAGCAGAUUCUUUGGAGCUGAGGAUGAUGAAGAUGAUGAACUUGUUGAAGAGCAUGUUACUAAAAUUUACUACUGCAGUCGUACUCACUCCCAGCUGGCCCAGUUUGUCCAUGAGGUUCAAAAGAGUCCCUUCAGUAAGGACAUCAGUCUGGUCACACUGGGCUCACGACAGAAUCUGUGCAUCAACGAAGAGGUGCGACGCUUGGGCAGCAUCCAGCGCAUUAACGACCGCUGUUUGGAGAUGCAGAAAAACAAGCACGAAAAGCAGCACCGUGACGAGGCUGCUAAACGUAAAAGAGGCCCAGCAAAGAGUGAGUGUCCUUAUAAUAAAGCGUCAGCGCUGCAUCAGAUGAGGGAUGAAGUUCUGGGGACCGUCCACGACAUAGAGCAGCUGCUGAAGCUGGGCAAGGAAACGCAUUCAUGCCCUUAUUAUGCCUCACGCCUCGCUGUUCCCCCCGCUCAGUUGGUGGUGCUGCCCUAUCAGAUGGUGCUUCAUGAAGCUACAAGAAAGGCAGCAGGGGUCCAGCUCAAGGGACAGGUGGUAAUCAUAGACGAAGCUCACAAUCUUAGCGACACUCUCUCCUGUAUACACAGUGCAGAGCUCACUGGAGCACAGCUUUGCCGUUCCCACUCCCAGCUCACUCAGUAUGCUGACCGCUAUAAGAGCAGACUGAAAGCCAAAAACCUGAUGUACAUCAAACAAAUUCUGUUUGUGAUUGAGGGUCUUGUUCGGGCCCUGGGAGGUAAGGUGGGACAGAACCCACAGAGCCAGACAACACAAACAGGAACAGAGAUGCUUACCAUUAACAACUUCCUCUUCAAGGCUCAGAUUGACAAUAUCAACCUAUUCAAGCUACAAAGAUAUUUUGAGAAGAGCAUGGUCAGCAGGAAGCUGGGUGGCUUUGUGGAGAAGUAUGCAGGCUCAGGUGUGAUUUUACACGCCCAGAGCAGCUCUAACAAGGAGAACCGACGCACAGAAGGCCUAAAUCGCUACCUCCAGAACCUGCAGAGCAACCAGAGCUCUGCACCAGUUCCUCCAGCAGACCAGCAGGGGUCUGCGGAGUCAGAGAAAGUGCUGUCUGCAUCUCCCAUGAUGCAGGUGGAGGGUUUCUUCAUGGCUCUCACCAACAGCAAUACCGAUGGCAGAGUGGUGGUGCACAGACAAGGCACUUUGUCUGAGAGCAGCGUCAAGUUCCUUCUGUUGAAUCCAGCAGUCCACUUUGCCCAGGUGUUGAAGGAGUGCAGAGCCGUCAUCAUUGCAGGAGGAACCAUGCAGCCUGUUUCAGACUUCAAACAAGAGCUGCUCUUUUCUGCCGGAGUGGGAGAGGAGCGCAUCACUGAGUUUUCCUGUGGACACGUAAUUCCUCCCGGGAACAUUCUUCCCCUCGUCUUAUGCAGCGGCCCAUCUGGUCAGGAGCUGGACUUUACUUUCCAAAACAGAGACGCUCCCCACAUGAUGGAUGAGACCGGGCGCAUUCUCUCCAACAUUUGCAACGUGGUCCCUGGUGGCGUUGUGUGUUUCUUCCCCUCAUAUGAAUAUUCAAGGCGGAUCAUUUCUCACUGGGAGGCCAACGGUGCUCUUGCUCGACUGGCUAAUAAGAAGAAGAUCUUCCAGGAGCCAAAGAAGGCCAACCAGGUGGAGCAGGUGCUGAGUGAGUUCACCCGAUGUAUCCAGAGGUGUUCUCAGGAUGGAGGUGGACUCACUGGAGCGUUAUUGUUCUCUGUAGUUGGGGGAAAGAUGAGUGAAGGAAUCAAUUUCUCUGAUGAGUUGGGCAGGUGUGUAGUGAUGGUGGGAAUGCCAUAUCCUAACAUCAAAUCCCCAGAACUGCAGGAAAAGAUGUCAUAUUUGGACAAACACCUGCCUCACAGUCAAGGAAGGAGCCCUGGACAAGCACUAAUAGAAAACCUCUGCAUGAAGGCUGUCAAUCAGUCAAUAGGAAGAGCUAUUCGUCACCGUGGAGACUAUUCCUCCAUCGUGUUGUGCGACAGACGUUACUCUCGACCCGCUACACUCUCUAAACUCCCCACAUGGAUCAAAGACCGCACUAGCACACAUACCAAUUUCGGCCCUGCCUUUGCUGCCUUGCGGAAGUUCUUCGUGGAAAAGAAGCAGAAGCAGCUGUAG